CGCGCCCCGCGCCGGGAGCGGCCCCGCGACUGAGCGGCGUUGCGGACGAUGCCGCGGCGCGCCCCCGCGGAGAUCGCCGCGCUGUAACACCAUCCCCCUCCCUUCCUCCUCCUCCUCCUCCUCCUUCUCCUCCCGCGGGGCCGGGGGCGCCGAGCGGGCGAAGAGGCGGCAGGCGCGCCUUGCGCGGGGCGGGGGCCGCUGCCGCCCCCUGAGCAUCCCUCCCUCCCUCCCUCCGCCCCUCCGCGCCGCCUCCCUCCCUCCCAGCCGGCUCUAUGGUGUGAGGGCAGCGAUGCACAAGCACCACCACUGCUGCAAGUGCCCCGAGUGCUACGAGGUAACGCGGAUGGCGGCCCUGCGGCGCAUGGAGCCCCCCUCGUACGGCGAGUGGCAGCACGAGCAAUACGGCUACGGCGGGUACGGCUCGCAGACCCUGCCCGCGCCCGGGGGGGCCGCGCCCGCCGCCCGCGGCAAGGCCAAGCUGGGGCCCCCCGCCCGCGACCCCUCCGCGCUGAAGCCGCCGCCGCCGCCGCCGGGGAAGAGCGCGACCAAGGUGAACGGGAGCGGCCCGGGCUGGUGGCCCGAGUGCACGUGUUCGAGCCGCGACUGGUACGAGCAGGCCAACCCCGCUCCCAUUAUCGUGAACACAGACUCGCUGGAACAAGGGCUCUCUAUGAAUGGCAGUGAUGGGAUGUUCAAAUAUGAGGAGAUCGUCUUGGAAAGGGGUAACUCCGGGCUCGGCUUCAGCAUAGCGGGAGGAAUCGACAACCCCCAUGUUCCGGAUGACCCGGGUAUCUUCAUCACCAAGAUCAUCCCCGGGGGAGCGGCAGCCAUGGAUGGCCGUCUAGGGGUGAACGACUGCGUGCUGCGGGUGAACGACGUGGACGUCUCCGAGGUUGUGCACAGCAAAGCUGUGGAGGCCCUGAAGGAAGCGGGCCCCGUGGUGCGGCUCGUGGUGCGGCGCCGGCAGCCCCCGCCAGAGACCAUCAUGGAGGUUAACCUGAUGAAGGGCCCCAAAGGCCUGGGGUUCAGCAUUGCAGGGGGCAUUGGGAACCAGCACAUCCCUGGCGACAACAGCAUCUACAUCACCAAGAUCAUCGAGGGAGGUGCUGCCCAAAAGGAUGGGCGCCUGCAGAUCGGGGACCGGCUGCUUGCGGUGAAUAACACAAACCUGCAGGACGUGCGGCACGAGGAGGCAGUGGCUGCCCUGAAGAACACCUCUGACAUGGUGUACCUGAAAGUGGCCAAGCCCGGCAACAUCCACCUCAACGACAUGUACGCGCCCCCCGACUACGCCAGCACCUUCUCAGCCUUGGCUGACAACCACAUAAGCCAUAACUCCAGUCUGGGCUACCUGGGCAGCGUUGAGAGCAAGCCUGCCUAUCCCGUCCCAACCCAGGUGACUCCGUCCCGAUACUCGCCUAUUCCUCGGCACAUGAUUGGAGACGAUGACUUCACCAGGGAGCCGCGGAAAAUCAUCCUGCACAAAGGCUCCACUGGCCUGGGCUUCAACAUUGUUGGAGGGGAAGACGGUGAGGGGAUCUUUGUGUCCUUCAUCCUGGCUGGAGGCCCUGCUGACCUCAGCGGGGAGCUGCGGAGGGGAGAUCGCAUCCUCUCGGUGAACGGCGUGAACCUCCGCAACGCCACCCACGAGCAGGCGGCGGCGGCGCUGAAGCGGGCGGGGCAGACGGUGACCAUCAUCGCGCAGUACCGGCCCGAAGAGUACAGCCGCUUCGAGUCCAAGAUCCACGACCUGAGGGAGCAGAUGAUGAACAGCAGCAUGAGCUCCGGCUCUGGCUCGCUCCGGACAAGUGAGAAGAGAUCCCUCUAUGUCAGAGCCCUGUUUGACUAUGACCGGACCCGGGACAGUUGCCUGCCCAGCCAGGGGCUCAGCUUCUCCUACGGGGACAUCCUGCACGUCAUCAACGCCUCCGAUGACGAGUGGUGGCAAGCCAGGCUCGUCACACCCCACGGCGAGAGCGAGCAGAUCGGGGUCAUCCCCAGCAAGAAGAGGGUGGAAAAGAAGGAGAGAGCACGAUUGAAAACAGUGAAGUUCCACGCCAGGACUGGCAUGAUUGAGUCCAACAGGUCGAUCAAAACGAAACGUAAAAAGAGUUUUCGCCUCUCUCGAAAGUUUCCAUUUUACAAGAGCAAAGAGAACCUGGCCCAGGAGAGCAGCGGACAGGAACAGGGCGUGACAUCAAACACCAGUGACAGCGAGAGCAGUUCCAAAGGACAAGAGGACACCAUCCUGUCGUACGAGCCCGUGACACGGCAAGAAAUUCACUAUGCGAGGCCGGUGAUCAUCCUGGGGCCAACAAAGGACCGAAUUAACGAUGACCUCAUCUCGGAAUUCCCACACAAGUUUGGUUCCUGCGUGCCCCACACUACCAGGCCUCGGCGGGAGAACGAGGUGGACGGACAGGACUACCACUUCGUUGUAUCCAGGGAACAGAUGGAGAAAGACAUCCAGGACAACAAGUUCAUAGAGGCUGGGCAGUUCAAUGACAAUCUCUAUGGGACCAGCAUUCAGUCAGUGCGAGCAGUGGCAGAGAGGGGGAAACACUGCAUCCUGGAUGUGUCUGGCAAUGCUAUCAAGAGGUUGCGACAAGCACAACUGUAUCCCAUUGCCAUUUUCAUCAAACCAAAAUCCAUCGAAGCUCUCAUGGAGAUGAACCGGAGACAGACGUAUGAACAGGCCAACAAGGUCUUUGAUAAAGCCAUGAAACUUGAGCAAGAGUUUGGAGAAUAUUUUACAGCCAUCGUACAAGGAGACUCUCUUGAAGAGAUUUACAGCAAAAUCAAACAGAUCAUUGAGGACCAGUCCGGGCACUACAUCUGGGUCCCGUCCCCAGAGAAGCUCUGAAGAUGUCCCCCACCUGCUUCCUUGUGAGCAGAAGAUCUCUGAAGUCCCACCCAUCCAAGCCCUCUGCCCUGAGGGGGAGGGAUAUGAAAACUAUUCCUGCCCCCUUUUUUAGAUCGUCGCAAAAUUGAGUUUUCUAGUCCUGUUUCUUUUGUUGGGAUGAACUCAUAUCAUUCAUCACGUGACUGUUCCCACCAUUCCUGCAUGGACCUUCCCACUGCUCCAUUAGAGACAGAUGAGAACCCAUUCAAGGUCGUUUUUUAUUAUUAUUAUAUUAUUAUUAUUAUUAUUAUUAUUAUUAUUAACUAAACAAAGAAUCAAGAUGGGAGGAGGCGGAUAAGGACUAAUGUAAGAAACAAGUGAAAUAAUGGACUCUGAACAUGAGCUGGUAUCAGAGCUCCAGGGGCAUUUUUCCAAGUGUGACUGUCUAGCAGCUCUGAACAGUGCGACACACGGGCAGCAGAAAGCAUUUUAUUUAUCUGUAUAUGUAAUUUAUAUAUAAUAUAUAGAGAGAUAUUAUAUAUAUAUUAUAUAUAUAUAUAUGUACGUGGACUAGGAAACCUGAGGGACCUCUCUGGAAAGGUAUUGUGUUAUUGCAAGGUUCUUUCAGUUCCUCUGUCCCAACCACUGGGCGUAGGGAGUCCACUUGGGCAGGAAGAGCUCAAAACGGUACCAGGUGCUUUGGAAGCAUCUCCCAUCCAGGCCAGUUCCCUGCAGCCACCCUGGGUCUGAGGCAGAGCAGAGACUGGUACUGCCUGUGCAGGAGGGACCAGAGCAAGGAGCAGCAGCUGGUCUGAGAGAGGCUGGGAGACGGAGACUGAGCAGGAGGCUGCGGAGCAAGAGAAUGGAUGAUACUACAUAUUAAAUUGCACAUUUGUUUUACACACCACCUUAUGUGUUUGCAUGAGAGGUUUCCUUUUGGUUCUAUUUUUUUAAGCUGAUUUUAAACCAAAACCAUAUUGUGUUGUUGUGUUGGCUUUUUUUUUUAUUAUUAUUAUUAUUAUUAUUCCAUUUUUCUCUUGUUAAUAAUGAACUGAAUGGGUAUAAAAUCCAGUUUUUUAACUUAUUUUUUAAGCUGGCUCUAUUGUAAAUAGAAUCUAGAUCUGUGGUGUUUAGUUAAGAAAUACUCUACUGGCCACAUGGAACAAAUGUACUCACUGUCCUGUGUUGCUGUGGAAAACCUGGGAUGUUGGACUGGCCCUGUACCUGUGGGUGCAGGUGAAAUGACCCAUUCUAGCUCGUGGCAGCACACUGACAUUCCCUUCUGCAUUAGCCACUGGCAGGAAAAGCCCCCAGCUGUGCCUUGGAUGGACACUCACAUUUUCCAAAUCAGUAACAGAACUGGAAAAACUUCCUCUCUUCCCUGCUCCAUGCCGGAUUCCUGGCUCUGCUGCGUGCAGGUGCCAGUGGUGGCUUUCCCAGUGGGAGGCCCAUCCUUCCAGCACAGCAGGACCUCGCCUGCUGGGAGCUGGGGCUUGGCGGGUGACUGCGUGGCCACCUUUGCCUGGUUCUGUCUCUGACACCUCUGACACCUCUGCUCCCUCUGCAGAGGGGGGCUCUGCUCCCCCUCUCGGGGUGCCCCAGAAGGCCGAGGUGGUGCUGGCAGGGCUGAGGGCAGGGGGUGCAGAGCUGCCCCUCCUGCUGGGCACGGGGAUUUUUCAAGUGAGACAACUGUGAGCACCCAGACUGUCGGCCCUGAGCUGAGACAUGUCUGUCCUUGAGGACACCUUGGUUUCCAUACUUGAGUGAGGGCUCCAGUGAGGGAAUAGACCCUGGUGUGAAGCCGGGGGGACACUCGUGUGGCCUUUGAGAAGGAGCUGUGCUGCUGGGCACCUGUGUGCAGGUACGAGCGCUCCCACCUUGCACAGAGCUGGCCGAGCACCAGGGCAGAGGUCACUGCACAAGCAUGAGCAGGUAAGUGUUCUCCUCCUGUUUGGCAGGGAUAGGUGAGGGCACGGGGUGCUGGUCCCCUCUCCCGGAGGCAAUGGGUGUGUCAGUCUGCCUGGCACACACAGGCCGCGGUUGUCAGUGCGAGCAGGAACUGUAGGACUGUCCCUGUGCUGUCUGGGGAGAAGCCCUUCUUUGCCCCUCCUGCAUCCCAAGGAGCCCUGCAGGGACUGAGCAGCUUCUGGGGACAGGAGGUGGGACACAGACGCAGCCACGGUGGAGGGCAGGAAGGAUCCUGCUGUCGGGGGGACCGACCUUAAAGGAGCACAUGGAACUCUGGCAAUGGAUUCCCGCUCAGCAUCCACCCCCUGCCCCGCUGCUCCUGCUCCGGCUGCUAUAAAUGUCGGUCCCUGGAGAAGUGGAGUAAGUCAAACAAAAGUCCUUAAGGUGCUAGUCACACCAUUCCUGUAUUUUUUUUUUUCCUUUUUCUUUUUUUUUUUCCUAAUAGCCUGUCUCCCUCUGUCGAGUCACGUGGAGAAAAAGAUGAUGUACUCCAUGGCAUAGCUGACAGUAUCGAAUCGAUCAUGACAACAGUAGUUGGUUAACAGUGUUUCUUCCAAGGAGACAUAUAUUUUUAAUAAACAGAGAGUUGCAAAGAA